CCUUCCUCGUCGAGGGUUUUGAACAUUUCUCUUCCUUCCAUUAUCAUCUCCAGGGUUUUACAACUCUCACUCCCUCUCUCUGUUUUUUUUUCUUCCAAUACUGUCAUGGAUUCUCUAGCUACACUCCACUGCCGUCACCAGCCUCUUCAACUCUCACUCAAUAGCCGCCCUCCACCGUUUCCUAAAUCCAUUGUUUCACUCUCCUUCCGUACUCCUCUGUCUUCUUCUUCUAUAUCGUCGUCACCGAUCAAGCUUUCUCUACGAGUCUCAUCCUCAACAACACCAUCCUCCUCCAAUCCACUCUAUCAAACCCCCAAACUUCCUAAACCCUCCAUCCUCAAGACAGCUGGAAUCGCCGUCGCCGCAGCUGCUGCAUUGUUCUUCAUGCGCCUCCAACACAAGCCCGCAAUUGCUGCCCCGGUUGCUACACCCACGGUGUCCACCCAGGAUAACGUUCCCCACGAGGAGCAAGAGCAAGAGCGAGCCCUCCAAGAGCAGUUGAAUCGCCAGCCCGACGACAUCGAAGCUCUACGCUCCCUUAUGGAAGUUAAAAUAAAAUCUCGGAAGCUUUCUGAAGCAAUUGAGGUUGUGGACCGCUUGAUCGAGCUUGAGCCUGACGACGAGGAGUGGCCGCUGCUGAAAACUCACAUCUUAAGCUAUACUGGACAUCACGAAGAGGCCAGAAAAGGGUUUGAGGAGAUAUUAGCGAAAGACCCAUUUCAUGUGGAGGCUUAUCACGGACUGCUGAUAGCUUGUUCGGAAACUGAUGGUUCAAUGGACCAAGUAUUGAAGAGAAUCGAGGGAGCAAUGGACAGGUGCAAGAAGGAGAAUAAGGAUUCGGAAUUGAGGGAUUUCAAGCUCUUGCUUGCUCAAAGUAAGGUUAUUGAGGGGAACUAUUUCGAUGCCAUAAAGUUGUAUGAGCAGCUGGCAAAGGAUGAACCAAGGGAUUUCAGGCCCUAUCUGUGUCAGGGUAUCAUAUAUACUUUGUUAAGAAAGAAAGAUGAGGCAGAGAAACAGUUUGAGAAGUUCCGAAGGCUUGUGCCCCAGAAUCAUCCUUACAAGGAAUAUUUCUUCGACAACAUGUUUGCCACAAAGUUUUUCUCCGAAAAGGUGGAGAGGGAGGAGGCAGGUUUGAAGAGCUAAGAGAGAAUACUUGGCAAUUCAAGAUCCUUUACAGAACUGACAGUGGCAGACAGAGUGUCCCUGACAGGAAAUGCAUUUCUUGGAUAUAAGGAUGCUAGAGUGAGGGAUUAUGGGGGAAAAAAUUAUAAGUUAAGAUAGGAACAAAUCAUAGGUUUAAAGUAUUGAACAAUAACCAAGCUUUUUUCCCCUGUUGCUUAGUUUGUUCUCUGGUUAAGGCGAAUACUGCCAGAUCUUUCUUCUCUUGAAUGGAUGACAUUGUCCGUCGAUGAAAUGUCUUUGUUCCUGGGUAGUGUUAAAUUGAGCAUUUUGUUUUAUUAAUUGCUCAAAGGUAGAAGUUGGGUAAGGGGAAACUUCUGGAGGGGUUGUUUAGUCUUAAGUUCUGUUGGUUGUGUGGCAUAAUUGGUUGCUUCAGAGGCAGGGUUAUCUAUGGACUCCUAAGUUUUGUGGAGAGAGGACCUGUCUGCAAAACUUUCAUAGUGGUUCAUUGCGGAUUCCAAACCCAUGCUUUUGUGCAUAGAAUAGAGUCUUAUCAUUC